AUAUAUUUUGUUAUAUACUAUCUUUGUUUUCUAUUAGUUGGCAAGAAUUUUCACAAUUAUUGGAAAAUUAUUGAUUUUUUACUUAUUUUGCAUUAAUUAAUCUUAAUUUAACCAACAAAAAUCAUUUGAUCAAAUGCAGUUGGUUUAAAGUACUAGAACAUUGAAUAUUUACCCAAAAGUAAAAUCUUAAAACACCAAUUAAAAUGAAACAUAAGGAGUAAUAAUUUAGGAUAGAUGUGACAGCUUAUAAAAUAUCAUUUUUUUAUUUUUCUCUAUUUAAAUAUAUAAAAAUAGAGAUUUGUAUAUUUUAAAAUAGAAAUGAAUCGGAAUAAAUCUGUUUUAAAUAUAACUAUAGAAAGAAAUAUAGUCAACAGUCAUAAAUUGAAAAUGCUCUUACCAUCUAUAUAUUGACAUUUUUAUCCUCUCUUACCGUAUUAAUUUGGUGAUAAUCUUGAAAAUAUAGAGAAACAAAUAAUUUUUGACUAUUUCAAAAGUAGCACACUAAUCCUUACUCAAGCAUAUAUAUGUUUCAUUUUCUAUCCUAUCUACAUCUCAUGGUCCGAAAAUGAAGAACACUAAAAUAGCUGCAAAGUGCAAAAUCGCAUAUGCUUUUGUUAUAGGUUUAUCGCUUCUAAUUGCCACAGCGGCCGAAGACCCAUACAUAUUCUAUGAGUGGCACGUCACCUAUGGUACUAUCUCUCCUAUGGGGGUUCAACAACAGGGUAUAUUGAUUAACAAGAUGUUUCCGGGACCUGAAAUACUCUCUGUCACCAAUGAUAAUCUCAUCAUCAACGUAUUCAACGAACUCGAUGAGCCUUUUCUUAUUUCAUGGGCCGGGAUACAAAACAGAAAGAACUCGUUCCAAGACGGAGUGUGUGGAACGACGUGCCCAAUCCCGCCGGGGAAGAACUACACUUACGCUCUUCAGGUUAAGGAUCAGAUCGGAAGCUUCUAUUACUUCCCAUCGCUUGGCUUUCACAAAGCUGCAGGCGGUUUCGGAGGUAUUCGUAUCUCUAGCCGUCCAAUGAUCCCCGUUCCUUUCCCUCCUCCCGCUGAUGACUACACUGUUCUCAUCGGUGACUGGUACAAGACCGAUCAUAAGGCCUUGAGAGCGCAGCUCGAUAAUGGUGGAAAGCUUCCUCCACCAGAUGGAAUUCUCAUUAAUGGUCUUAGUAGUGGUGCUACACUCAACAUUCAACCAGGUAAUACAUAUAGGCUGAGAAUAUCAAAUGUAGGAUUGCAAAACUCUCUCAACUUCCGCAUCCAGAACCAUGAGAUGACGUUGGUUGAAGUCGAAGGGACACACACUCUUCAGAAUGUGUACUCAUCGCUUGAUGUUCACGUUGGUCAGUCUUACUCGGUCCUUAUAACUGCUAACCAGCCUUCAAAAGAUUACUACAUUGUGGUCUCUAGUAGGUUAACCCCAACCGUCCUCACCACCACCGGUGUUCUCCACUAUAGUAAUUCUGCUGAACCUGUUUCUGGACCUAUCCCUGCUGCACCAGUUCCGAUGAGCUGGUCUUUUAACCAAGCUCGAACUAUCAGGACCAACCUUACAGCGAGUGGACCAAGACCAAACCCACAAGGUACAUACCACUAUGGUAUGGUAAAUGUCACUAGAACCAUCAAACUUGUUAGCUCUGUUGGACAGAUCGAAGGCAAACAACGAUACUCCGUGAACAGUGCAUCAUUUACCCCAUCAGAUACCCCUUUGAAACUCGCGGAUUACUUCAAGAUCGAUGGCGUGUAUAAGCCUGGAAGCAUAUCUGACCAGCCCCCAUAUGCACCAACAUUCCCUGUCACAUCUGUCUUGCAAGCUGAUUACAAAGCCUUUGUGGAGAUUGUCUUUGAGAACUCGGAAGAUAUUGUCCAAAGCUGGCACUUCAACGGCCACUCUUUCUUUGUUGUUGGAAUGGAGUUGGGAAAGUGGAGGCCUGGCAGGAGAAAAGUAUACAAUCUAAACGAUGCAGUCUCACGCUGCACUAUUCAGGUGUAUCCAAGAUCAUGGACUGCAAUAUACGUAGGUCUAGACAACGUUGGAAUGUGGAACCUGAGAUCGGAGUUGUGGGAAAGACAAUACUUGGGACAACAGUUAUACGUGCGUGUGUACACAAACUCGACUUCUCUCAGAGAUGAAUAUCAGAUCCCGACGAACGCUCUUCUAUGUGGUAGGGCUAGUGGAGCCCACAAAGAACUGCUUUUGAGUGGCUUUGAAAACUGAGAGCGAUAGAGAAUCUGUUAAACCAUUUUCAUGAAUUUCUGACUUGCCGUGUUCUAUAUCUCAUUUCUUUCUUCGUCGUU